GCAACACACUACUAUCUCACAUAUGGCUAGUCAUAUUGUUAUUGCGUAACAAAGUGCUGUUGUGUAUACAUAAAAAUUGUUAAUCACAGUGAUAUUUUUUAGUUAAAUAAUAUUUCAUAAAUAAUUAAAACAAAUAUUAAUCGAAUUUUCUUUUUAAAGUUUCUAUUUAAUAUUUAUUAUUUAUUCAGUGAUUUUAAGAAAAAGUGACAAUAUAUAUGGAAUAAAAUAUAAAAUGACACGAAGUACUGAAGUUAUUAAAGCUGUUUUAGAACGUAUUAGUACAUCUAAUGGUUUUGGAAAGUGCAUGAAAAACGUAAAAAUACUUUCUGCAGGGGAUGGUAAUUGUAAAGCUGAAUUUACUGUUUCCGAUGAACAUUUAAAUUUAGGUGGCUCAUUACAUGGCGGUUUUACAGCAACUAUUAUCGACUGCAUUUCAACUUAUGCUUUGAUGACAUGUGGGACCGGUGCUCCAGGAGUUUCUGUAAACAUGAAUGUUUCAUACAUGAAACCUGCAUUUCCUGGUGAAGUGGUUGAAGUUGAUGCUAAAACUAUACGCGCUGGUCGUACUCUAGCAUAUCUUGCAGUAGAUCUCACCAAAAAUAAUGGUAAAGAUAUUAUUGCUAACGGAAAGCAUAUAAAGUUUAUCUUAUAAAGAAAUAUCUAAGUUUUUAAUAAUUAUUAUGUAAUAUACUACACACAUAAAAAGAUAUAUACAUAGAUACUUAAAACAAAAACAUUUGUGUUCGUCUUGAUAAUAUAAUUUUCAGAUCAACAAUGUAUUUGUAUAGAAUAUAUUGAAACAUUUUUCAUAGAUUAAAA